AUGAAGAAGAGAGGUUUAAAGGAAGCCACCCAGCUCUAUCAUGUCUCACAGAGCCCUGUCCACGACACUCUUCUGGAGGACUCGCCCACCUCCACUCCUACCCAGCCAGGGUUCACCCUCCCUGGGCUCAGCCCCAACCCCAGCCCCCUGGACCUCCAGGAAGAAGAUUCUAAUCUGAGCCGCUUUCGUAUCACCGCCCCUUUCCCUGAGCACAGGGUCCCACAGCGCAGCUCGGUAACUCUGCCAGACAGACUGAGCCCCAGGGUGGAGCUCGUCCUGGGGCCUCCCGUGGCCGGAUACAUGAGAGAAGGUAGGGGAGGAGGAGGUGGGAGCUCCCAACGACGAGACGGCACGGCAGACUGGGUGGAGAUGGUGGAGAGGACUGGGUUAGGAGGGAUGGCAGGAGGAGGCGGGAGCUCCCAACGACGAGACCGCACGGCAGACUGGGUGGAGAGGACUGGGUUAGGAGGGAUGGGUGGAGGAGGCAUUCCCUCCAACUCGUACCAGAAAAACCCAAACUGCAGACGGACAUCCAGCUUUCACGACACCAAGCCCCCACCUCCCCCAGCAGCCCCAUGUCGCCCCCACAGGGAGAGGAGUCAGACCCAGGUGGGUCCCCGCACCAGGACCCUCCCCGAGGGCAGCUGUAGGACCCGAGGAACCUUGGAGACCCAGACCCAGAACCCAGCCUUCCCCCCCUAUCCCAUCCCAGAGCAGAGCACCCCUGACUGGGCCAGGCCCAAUCCGCGAACCCUUUGGCCUGGGGACGACAGGAGAAGACCCUGGGUGGAGACUGGAUGUCCUCCGUUUUCCAGUAACAAACCCAAACACGCUGAAAACAACAACACCUACUUGAUCUCUGACCCUAAACACACAGAGACCAACACUACAACGGCGGCCAUGUUAGGAUCUGAGCUGCUCAGCAACCCUGAACUCACCCUGGAGAGGGAGAGGCGGAGGAUUGGUGAUCGAAGAGAAGGUGGUGAAGAUAGAGGAGAGAGAGGUGGGACUUCAGGUAUAGGUGGACCAGGAUUAGGACCAGGGGUGGGGUCUCGUGGCUGCCCUGCUUACCUCACCCCGGACCGGGCAGAGCGGGCAGAACACAACUGGAACCGCCGAGGCCCUUCCCGAUUCAGAGAAAUAUCCUGGCCAGGAAGCUGA